CCCUGUUUCAGUGACAAGACUAACAACCUGGAGGCUUACGUGAAAUGGUUCAACCGAUUGUGCUACCUCGUAGCGACUGAGAUCUGCAUGCCGGCCAAGAAGAAGCAGAGGGCCCAGGUGAUCGAGUUCUUCAUCGAUGUGGCCCGCGAGUGCUUCAACAUCGGCAACUUCAACUCCCUGAUGGCCAUUAUCUCUGGCAUGAACAUGAGCCCCGUCUCUAGGCUGAAGAAGACCUGGGCCAAAGUGAAGACGGCCAAGUUUUUCAUCCUCGAGCACCAGAUGGACCCAACAGGGAAUUUCUGCAACUACAGGACAGCCCUGCGUGGGGCAGCCCACCGCUCCCUGACUGCCCACAGCAGCCGGGAGAAGAUCGUCAUUCCCUUUUUCAGCCUGCUCAUCAAAGACAUCUACUUCCUUAAUGAGGGCUGUGCCAACCGCCUUCCCAACGGACAUGUCAACUUUGAGAAAUUUCUGGAGCUGGCCAAGCAGGUUGGAGAGUUCAUCACAUGGAAACAAGUGGAAUGUCCCUUCGAGCAUGACCCCAGCAUCACCCACUACCUGUACACUGCCCCCAUCUUCAGUGAGGACGGUCUUUAUUUGGCUUCUUAUGAAAGUGAGAGUCCAGAGAAUCAAACAGAAAAAGAGAGGUGGAAAUCGCUAAGAUCUUCUAUUUUGGGGAAGACAUGAGAAGCGCUGGGCUGAAGGAGGAGGAAGAGAUGGAGCCAGCAGAAGCCUUUGGCAGCCCUGCCUCCGACGGCCCAGUGGGCGGAGAUGGAGGCAGCACCUCACUACUUUGCAAACCGCAACCCCAUAGCCUGGAGCCUGCCACCACUUCAGCCCUCGGAGGGCCUAAGGAUGCCAGACAUGUGGGUGGCACAUGCCUUGGGGACACCCCACCUUCAGGACCAUGGGGGUCACAUUGCUGGUCAGUCAGUCCUUUCUCAGCAAGGAUACAGCACUGUCCCAGAGGGCUGGGCAACUGCAAUCUCUUGGUCUCGCUGAGUGACACGUGCCACAGAGGCCAGCACCCACAGUCUGUCACGAGGUACCUUGGGAGCCCACAACUGCAGCAGGCAUCAUCGUGUGACAUGAAACAUGCCUGCACCAGCUCCGAGCCACCAGUGGCCCUGCCAUUUGGCUGAUGCACCAGACCCUGUCUCCCUACACACAUAAACAAGGGGCUUGUUUCUGCAGCCCUGUGCACCCUCAUCUUCCUGGAUUCUGCUGGGGUCAGAGGAGAACUUUCUGUUGACUGCUGUGAAACGGCAGCAGGAUGAACUGGAGUCUCAGAGUCAGCAAUGUGUACAUUAUUGUCCUGCUGCCUAGCUCCCUUGUAAACUGUAGAGCUGGUAUAAACACACCUUUGUACAUCCUGAUAUCCAUGUCCACACCGCGUCUCUGACCCACAGGCCUGAGAAGAGAUUCGGCCAGGAUCCAGGGUGUUGUAGCCAUGGUUCAGGAUUGGGACCUGGUGUCCAUUUGUGAUCCAUAGACCCCAUGUUGUGCUGACAGAGCCUGGUGCAUAGUAGGUGUUCAGUAAACCUAUGGUGAAGGGAUACUGAUA